AGCUGUUCUUGCUUUGUUGUCAACAUUGGUGGCUGCCAAACUCCAGCUCAUUCAACAAUGGUGGCUGCCAACCUUUGACAUCUUGGAUGGGUGCACAUGCAAUGGCAACAACCCAACAAUCACCCCCUUUGCCAUUCAUGUGGGGCAACUGUCCUCUUGCUUCUUCAGCACAGGCUUGCAUCUUGCAGCUCUUCCAAGCUUACCAUUCUGAGAGCGUCUUUGGCCAAGUUUGCAGGUACGAGGCACCGUUUGUCCAAUCUAUUGUGGAGAAGGUCGUAAAGAAUUUGGAUCAAAAAAUGUUUCAUAUACCCCCUCAUUUCAUUGGAAGAGAUCCUCUAGUACAAGAUAUCAACUCAUGGUUGCAAGAUAGAUCCCAUGGUGCUGCCAUUGCUUUACUCUAUGGAAUUGGUGGAGUUGGAAAGACAGCCAUAGCUAAGAGUGUUUAUAACCAAAACUCUUAUAAAUUUGAAGGAAAGAGCUUCCUGUCAAAUUUUAGAUCAAAGGAUAUAGUUUGCUUACAGAGACAACUUCUUUCCGACAUCCUAAAAAAGACUGUUGAUGAGAUAAAUGAUGAAGAUGAAGGAAUUCUGAAGAUUAAGGAUGCAUUAUGUUGCAGAAGAACUCUUCUUGUUCUAGAUGAUGUGGACAAAAGGGACCAAUUCAAUAAAAUCGUUGGCAUGCAAAAUUGGCUUUGUAAAGGAAGUAAAAUAAUUGUAACAACCAGAAAUAAGGGUCUGUUUUCAGCUAAUGAUAUUCAGUGGAUCCGGUACAAAGUUGAACUGCUAGAUAAUGAAAAAUCACUUGAGCUUUUCAGUUGGAAUGCCUUUGGACAAGCUGACCCUGUUGAUGGUUUUGUAGAAGACUCUUGGAGAAUAGUACAUCAUUGUAGUGGACUUCCAUUAGCUCUUCGAGUUAUUGGCUCCUCAUUGUUCGGAAAAGGAAGAGAAAUAUGGGAAAGCGCAUUACAACAAUUGGAAGUGAUUCCUAAUUUUUGAAGUUCAAAAGGUUCU